CGUCUGCGCUCCUGCGGUACACGCGCGCGCAUCAGCAGAGCUCGAGCGCGUCUGAGUGAAAUCACGUGAAUGUGAAUGACUCGGUCACACCGGGCUGGACAGCACGCGCGCACACUAAGGUGAAGAGGAGAGUUUACGUUGGGUUUAUUGUCUCUGUGCUUUUAUCUGGAAAUGAAGCAGCACUGGUUCAGCAUUCCCGUGCUGCUCCUCGUGUACGUCCAGACGGCUUUCGCUAUGUUCAUCCCCAACGGCACACACCUGGAAGCCAUGAUGGAGAAGUACAUGGAUAAGGAGGACUCGUGGUGGGAAUCCAGGCCGAGGGGCAAGAGGGCGAUCUCGCACGGCGACAUGCAGCUGAUCCUCGACCUUCACAACAAGCUCAGGGGUCAGGUUUAUCCUCCUGCGUCCAACAUGGAGUACAUGGUGUGGGACACUGAGUUGGAGCGCAGUGCAGAGGAUUGGGCUCACACCUGUCUGUGGCAGCACGGCCCGUCUCACCUGCUCACGCAGAUCGGACAGAACCUGGGGGCGCACUGGGGCAGAGAACGACCUCCGACCUUUCACGUGCAGGCGUGGUAUGAUGAAGUUCAGCACUUCAGCUUCCCCUAUCCACAGGAGUGUAACCCCUACUGUCCCUACAGGUGCUCGGGACCCGUCUGUACACACUACACACAGUUGGUUUGGGCCACCAGCAAUAAAAUCGGCUGUGCCAUCAACGUGUGUUACAACAUGAACGUCUGGGGAAUGAUCUGGGCCAAAGCCGUCUAUCUAGUGUGUAAUUACUCACCACCGGGGAACUGGUGGGGUCAUGCGCCGUAUAAACAUGGCCGGCCGUGUUCAGCGUGUCCAUCCAGCUACGGAGGAGGCUGCAGGGACAACCUCUGCUAUAAAGAUGAUGGCAGUCCGAGAUCUUUCGCCCCCGAGCCAGAAGAGAGUAAUUACAUUGAGCCGGAGCCAUCGCACAGCCAAUCGUCUCCACCUGCUGAUCACUCACACACCCCGACACCAGCCCCGACACCAGCGCCGACACCGUCACGUAACCACGGCCUGGACAGGAACGAGAUCAUCAACACUCAGCAAAUGUCUCAGCAGGUGGAGUGUGAUGUAAAGUUACGUGAUCGGUGUAAAGGAACCACCUGCAACAGGUAUGAAUGUCCACCUGGUUGUUUAUACAACUACGGAAAAGUGUUGGGAUCGGGAUAUUAUGAUGUGCAAUCCGGUAUCUGUGGCGCCGGUUUGCACGCCGGGAUUAUAGACGAUGACGGAGGCUGGCUGGACGUCACCAGAAUCGGCAGACGAAGACGUUUCACCAAGUCCUACCAAAACGGAGUUCAGACGCUGGCGAAAGAGCAGAGCGCUAAUGCCUUCACUGUGUCAAAGGUACCAGUAAAAGCGAUAUCCUGUGACAUGACGGUGGCUGAAUACUGCCCUUUCAAAAAGCCCGUCACACAUUGUCCAAGGUUGUACUGUCCUCGUAACUGCCUCUACAACAGCCACGCCCGCGUGAUCGGGACCCGUUACUAUGCGGAUAGCUCCAGUAUUUGUCGGGCUGCGAUUCACGCCGGUGUGAUUCAGAAUGAUUCGGGUGGAUAUCUGGACGUGAUGCCGGUGGACAAGCGGCGACACUACAGCGGCUCGAACCAGAACCGAGUCACAUCAGAGAGCUUGCGGAAUCCCACCGGAGGAAAAGCGUUCCGAGUUUUUGCGGUGAUCUGAAGCCCCAGUCCAAGGACACACACCGUAGUGGAGCAGAACGGCCAACAAUAACAGCGUCCCUCACGCUGAGCUGAAAAAUCUCUCAACAGAUACAAAAAAGACAUUAACGCCAACCAUAUGGCUAAUCGAGAAGCAGCGGACUUCAGCUUUGUGUACAUGUUCUGUAUAAUAUCAUGUUGUAAAUGGUUCUUUCUCUAAACGUUUCUGCGGAAGGACACAGAGGCCAGGCGUUCAUUUUUUCUGUCCCGAUUUCUUAACGAGAGAAAAAUGUCUUAGCUAGUUAGCUAGAUAGCAUAGUUUUCCAGGAUUUAUCUCAGUAUUGCAGUGUAUAUAGAUUAUUUGUAGCUGCAGCUCUGCCGGAACACUUGCUAGCAGAAACCUUUCAAACGUUGGCUAGCGUGCUAGUGGACUUGCACCAUAUAAAUUUGUCGCCAGUAGUUUACACAAUAGUUAGCUUGUAUAGUGCAGCUAAUACUUAAUAAUAACUAACAUUAGCUAGUUUUUCAGUAUAAUUAGUACCUAAUACUGUAGUUAUGCUAACUUUAGCUGAACAUGGAUAGCUAUUAGUGUCAAAUAUCUACAAGUGGAAAGCUAACAUUAGCUAAGCUAAUUAGUGAAGAAGCUGUGCUAGCGUUGCUAAAUCAGAAUAUUCCAAUUCUGCCACUUCAGUUCAUGCUUUAAUUCAAAAGUUGUGAUGUUUCUUUUGCUCAGCUAAUAUACAGGCAAGUUAAUGAAGAUGUAAAAAUGAAAGUUUAAUCCUUCAUGGUGUCUCAGAUAAUAUUAAUAUCUGCUACAGCUAAUGCUAGUAAGGAGUUGUGUAUAAGAACAUGGGUAAAAGGUUAGCUCGUGUUUCUAAAUCAGAUAGUUUCUAAAUGUUAAUUCUGACAGGAAUACCACUUCUGGCUUGAACUGUGCAUCUAAUGCGUGCUUGAAGAGUCGAAAUUGUAAAAUCAAACUUUCUGAUCCAUGAGCCAGUCGUUAUAAGAUAACAGGACAGAAAAAAGAGACAGAAAAUUAGCAUGGCCUCUUUGUACUUUUGUACACUGUUCUGUUUUUUGUUAACAAGUUCUUCUUCUUUCGUUAUUUUAUUUUGUAAGGGUCGUCUAUCUGUACAUAAAGGUUUCGAUUACUUGCUUACUGGGUUGCCAGUUUAUUAGGUACACCUCCAUUGUAUCUAACCUCCACUUCAUCAUCAUGUUAAGUGUCACUGCUGUAGCAGGAAA